GGAAAGAAGGAAAAUGUUUACAGCUAACUCUAUUGAUUUGUACUGUUGUCUGUAGGAUGAAUACAACUCGAUUGUUUUAUGUUUUAAUAGUCAGAUUCAUUCAGGUCACUUCCGUGUAUGAGAGUCUGUUGACGCCUCUCGCAUUCCUCAAGAAUACAUUCUUAAACUGAAGUAUCCACACAAACUGCCAGUCACUGGCGCUGAGAGCAGAGAUGGCGCAGAAAAGGGUUGAACUGGAUGAAGGAAGCUUUUCUUGUUUCAUCUGUCUGGAUCUACAAAAGGAUCCAGUGACUAUUCCCUGUGGACACAGCUUCUGCAUGAGCUGUAUUAAAAGACACUUUGAUGUAGAGGACAAGAAGAAAAUCUACAGCUGUCCUGACUGUGCACAACUCUUCAAAGCGAGGCCUGUCCUGGUACAAAGCACCAUGUUAGCAGCUUUAGUGGGGCAGCUGAAGAAGACUGGACUCCAAGCUGCUGCUGCUAAUCACUGCUAUGCUGGACCUGAAGAUGUGGCCUGUGAUGUCUGUACUGGAAGAAAACUGAAAGCCUUCAAGUCCUGUUUAGUCUGUCUGGCAUCUUACUGUGAGAAACAUCUUCAGCCUCAUUAUGAUGCAGCUCCUUUAAAGAAACACAAGCUGGUGGAUCCCUCCAAGAAGCUCCAGGAGAACAUCUGCUCUCGUCAUGAUGAGGUGAUGAAGAUUUUCUGUCGUACUGAUCAGCAGAGUAUCUGUUAUCUCUGCUCUGUGGAGGAACAUAAAGGCCACGACACAGUCUCAGCUGCAGCAGAAAGGACUGAGAGGCAGAGAGAGGUGGAGGUGAGACGACAAAACAUCCAGCAGAUGAUCCAGGACAAAGAGAAAGAUGUGAAGCUGCUUCAACAGGAGCUGAAGGCCAUCGCUCACUCUGCUGAUAAAACAGUGAAGGACAGUCAGGAGAUCUUCACUGAGAUGAUCCGUCUCCUCCAGGAAAGAAGUUCUAUUGCAGAGCUGGAGGUCAGAUCCCAGCAGGAAACUGAAGAGAGUCGAGUCAAAGAGGUUCAGGAGAAGCUGGAGCAGGAGAUCACUGAGCUGAAGAGGGAAGACGCUGAGCUGAAGCAGCUCUCAGACACAGAGGAUCACAACCAGUUUCUACACAACCACCCCUCACUGUCACCACUGAGUCAAUCUACAUACUCAAACAGCAUCAAUAUUCGUCCUCCGCGGAUCUUUGAGGACAUGAACGCAGCUGUGACAGAGCUCAGAAAGAAACUAGAGGACAUUCUGAGAGAGACAACGACAUACAUGACGCUGACAGUGAAAGAAGUGGAUGUUUUACUGCCACAACCGGGACCAAAGACCAGAGAUGAAUUCUUGAAGUAUUCAUGUAUAAUCACACUGGAUCCAAACACAGUACACAGACGUCUGGUACUGUCUGAGAAGAACAGAAAAGUAUCAUCAGUAAAAAAAAUACAGCCUUAUCCUGAUCAUCCAGAAAGAUUCACUGAUUGUCGUCAGGUCCUGAGUACAGAGAGUCUGACUCAACGUUGUUACUGGGAGGUGGAGAGGAAAGGGAUUGUUGGUGUAGCAGUUGCAUAUGAGAAUGUCAGCAGAACAGGGAAAGAAAGUGAAUUUGGACGUAAUGACAAAUCUUGGGCAUUAUAUUGUACCGCAGAUAAUUCUACAUUUGUGUACAACAACGUCCAAACUCUCUUCUCUAGUCCUCGUUCCUCCAGAGUAGGAGUGUACCUGGAUCACGGAGGAGGUAUUCUGUCCUUCUACAACGUCUCUAAAACCAUGACUCUCCUCCACAGAGUCCAGACCACAUUCACUCAGCCGCUCCAUGCUGGACUUUAUAUUUGGGAAUCAAAAGCUGAGUUCACUAAAGUGAAGUAGACAGAGGUAACUUCAGGACCAGAGAGUUAAAUCCUGUGUUUGUCUUCAUCAACUUGUUUUCUCUCCAUGUUUGUUGCUGAGAGUUCAUUGUUGUGGUGUUUCUGCUCAGAGAUCAGGUGUCAGUCAAACAUUGUGGCUUCUACCUUGACAUGUUUCAUAGUUGUUCUCUGGAUGUUUCAUCACUUCCUUUAGGUGGAGCUCUUUCCUGUGUCUGUUUAGCCAUGGAGGAUAUCACUGCUCAUGAUGACUUUUAUUUCCAUGACAAUCUUAACUAUCUAAUCUCAGGGCUCUAAAUGUCUCCGAGAAGUUUACAUGUCCAAAAUUUUGGACAUGUCUUUUCAUUCAAUUCAAUGAGAAGGUUUGUCCAAACUUUUGACUGGUAGUGUAUUUGUGUUAUUGUUGUUUCUCUUCUACUUCAUAGCAGAGAAAUCAGCAGACCUUCCUUCAUGUUCCUUUAUCUCUGAUAUGUUGUUGCUCACUCUGUUAACGUACAGUAUAUUCACAUUUAUUCAUUUGCAGUAGCUGCGGUAAAUUUUUGGCUCAUUUACAAUAACUCUGUUGACACACUUUUAUGAUUCACUAAGGGGCAUUGAUAAGAUUUUACUUACAUGGAUGCCGUUAUCGAUCCGAUUCUUUAUCAAUUCCCUUAUCAGUUUCUGUGAUUUUUAGUUUUAGAAAAAGUUGGCCACAUUUACACGAAUAGGAUUUUAGUGCGAAAGUGCAUAAGUCUUGCACGUUUUGGCCGACUAUCAUGACUGGAACCACCUUUUUGAACCCAGGUCCCGGGGUGAAAAAGACAAAUGCGAGCCUGCCAGAAUAUCACAAUCAGAAGACACUGACCUUUGUAAAAACGAUUGAUUGUGUGAAGUUAGUGGCCGGGAUUCAGAUGUUGCAAGUUGAUUCAACUAAAGUUGCGGCUGUUGUUUGAUCUUUUUCCUUUCACCUCCCGACUGACUUGCACAUUUUUAUUGUACACUACUCAUGUUUAUCAUACCUGUCUGGUACAAGCUGUUGAAACAAGUUGUACAUGUUUACUUGUGCAAAUAACUUUCAUAAUUAAUUUAUAGUGUCAUUUAUAUUAAUUUGUCACAACAAUCAGGGCUGAUCAAAUCAUUUGGCCGGGACUUUAUGUAGUGAUAGAAGAGUAAAAGUCGUCAUUUACUUUAUCUGAUUCUGCUUUUGCAUGUGUUGUUAACCGCUCAGUGGUUUUGCAAAAUGUCUAUUUAGGACAUAGCCAAAGUAACUGAAUGCUGUUUGUGAACAUGUUGGAGCUCAUUCAUGGUCUUGGUCUCUUUUGAAAUUCAAGACUCUGAAGUCUCUAUCACAAAAUUCAGAAGUGGUAAUUUUCUUAUUUAAAAAUAAGAAGUUGUUGGGUUUGCCUGAAUUUUUUUGUUUUGAAAAAAUGUGUUGGUUUAACCCUAUAAUGACUUUUAUUAAUGAAAUCAGAAGAAAAUGACAUGCAGCUUUUACUCAGACACAACUUGUAUGUGACGUUUUGACUGAAUCAUGUGUUGCCUUUUAUUACUGUGAGAAGUAGUAUAAAUAUAAAAUAAAAUCUGUUCACCACAGACUGAGAGGACUGACAGUUAAUAUGUAACUGGUCAAACUGGACAAACUGACUUCUUAAAACUGGUCCGAACUGUAAGAAGGAAAAUGUUGAGAACUUCAGCUUUUAACUUCUUUGUAGUUUGUGCUGUUUUUAUGUCUGUAGCGUUAAUAAAACUUCAUUGAUUUGUGUA